CAAGUCAAGAACAAGGCCAGCAGGGAUCAUGGCCAGAGGCAGUCGUGUUUCAUGGGUUCAACUAUUUGGCUUCUUCGGCGUUCUGUGCAGAGGGGUUUUCUCUGUGGCUCAUACACCUAUGCUUCUCUGGUCCUCAGACCGAUCUCUCCAAGGCUUGGCAAGUAAUUUACACGAAGGAGGCAUUAUCUCCCAGCAGAAGCUGCAUAAGUUACUGCAACACACCAUUCCUGCAGAUUCCAGAAACCUUGUCGUGUUUCUUCAAGACACUCUUAGCGUGGAUGACUUCACACGUUACGCAGACUCUGCUGGAAAUGAAACACCAUUUCUCAAUGUUCAGAGACUUCUUAAGAAUUCCUCCUCCUCUUUAGUUUUGUCAGCGGUUGACUGCCAGGCCGUCGCUAACCUAACAGAGUACCUUCAGAAGACACUGAAUUUGCCUUUGGUGAAUGUAGAUGGCACUGAAACGUCACAUCUAAUGGUGAAUGCAUCCAAACCCGAUCUGUUUGUGAUCAAGCUACAACCAACCGCAAGUAGAAAAGAUGAACCUUCCACUUUAAAGGCGCUCAUGGAAAAUGACAAAAUAAUUGGAAGGUUUUCUGAGGCUCUGCAGCAGCAAGGGGUUCCAUCUUUGAUGAUUUACACUGCCAGGCAGCCAUCAAGGGUACCAGUGCAAUUUCAUGGGGCUGGGCAUAGCAGAAGACAAUUGAUGUCUGCUGAAGCACAAGAUAACAGUCUUUAUGCUCCAGUUUAUGCGCUCAAUGGGACUCAACCAUGCAUCCUUUUUUAUGCCACUAAUUUCAGCCUCAUCGUAACCAAAAACAAGGAACUUAUUCCUCUAUCCAAUUUAACAUUUGGGUCUCCCAAAGUGAACACCAGUUCAUCUUGGUGUCUAUCCAGCAAUGCCAUAUUGUCAUUACAAUACACAGAGCCAGUGAGUUGGAUCAAGAGUCUGGAAAUAAGAUUUGUGAUGACCAACAGGUUCUACGGAGGCUCUGCUCGAAACUGGCUCACUUUAGAUUACGUUGAGAUUGUACAAGACAAUGAGACUGCUGCUACAUUUAAUGUCUCCAUGAUCUCCAGUCCUGUGGAGUACUCAUUUCGUUGCCAGCUGGUGGGAACAAGCAGCCAGUAUGGUGCAAUGCUAAUUCCAGGGAAUGAUGCAGCAAAAAGCUGGGAAAUUGUCAUUUCUGAUUUCCAAAUUCAAGCUUUCAGCGUUCAAAACACCACCUUUUCAUAUGCAAGCGACUGUACAUCCUUCUUUACCCCUGCAAUCUGGAUGGCUCUGGUGACCUCAUUAGUUUUGUUACUGAUCCUCACUUACGGAAUCCACAUGAUUGUAAAUCUCACAACAAACAAUAGAUUUGACGACCCUAAAGGUUCACGUCUUUCUGUUCCAGAGACUGAAUAACUGUGUAUCUAAAUUUAAUGUAACAGUGAAUGCCUUUCAGACCUAAUAAUGUAGAGGAAAGCACAAGCAAAGUUAUGCAUGAUGUGUAAGCUUUGGACAAGGGUUUGCUUUUAAAAAAAACAUGCGAUUGUUAGCAGCAGUGAUAAUUCUGCCAGCUGUUACCUCUUUUUAAUAGUCGCCGGAAUGAAGGUCUUGAGCAGCAAAGCUGAUGCCACUCGCAGUGGUUGCCAGCCAUUAAGACGACCAGUAGGUAGUGCCAAUUGCUUUAUAAUUGCUGUUUGAAAAGUGUGUUAUAAAGCUAUUCUGGAGAAGGAUUUUAAAGCAAAGCUUAAUUCAGAAAUUACUUGUUGAAUUUUUAAUAUCUUUUAAAAAAUCCAUUCUUUCCAAAUACUAUGGUCAAAUAAAACAUAGGAAAUGAACUUAAAUGGAGAUUUCACACCCUCCGUUUAUAUAAUCACAUUUCUAUAGCUUUCUCUGAUCUUUUCAACUCUCCCCCCCCCCCAUGAACUACAUCUGAAACGUCCUUUUUUGAAACCGCCCGAUGUGCAAUCGCUUCCACAUCUGCUAUCCAAAGAGAAAUUGUGAUCUUGGAAAGUUGCCAUUCUUCCGGUGAUGAACUGUCAUCAAAUACAUAUUAGGCCAUUUUUCAGUCCUCAUGUCCCUGUGCAUGUUGUCACUCUCCGAUUCCAAAAAUCCAUGACUCCACAGCAGAUUGUGAUUGUUUGUGUAUGCCACAGUACAUGGUCAUUGCUUCUGUUCUGUGAUGAUUUGUGCACCUGUGCCUUUUUUCUCCAUGCCUGCAAUGCCACAGAACAUGAAGCACGCUAUGAUGUUACACGGAAAUGUUGCCGUGUUCAGUAAGGCCUGUUUGCUCACUCACUAGAGAACAUUUAAGAAAAGGCAGUAUUCUAAAUAGUGCCAAUGAAUGUAGGGAGUACAAACACCAAGGUGCUGGGCAGCAGAGACCUGCCAUGUCUUUGGAAGGACGAAUUGCAGGAGGGAUUAGAAAA